AUGAACUAUUGGAAUGUCUUGUCCUACCUCUUUGCUGUCCGAGAGGUCAACCAGAGCCCUGGGCUCCUCCACAACCUCUCCCUGGGCUACAGCAUUCACAACAACUAUCUUGAUCCAAGGUUGACUUGGGACGCCCUGCUGGACGUGCUCUCUCCUGGACAGACAAAUGUCCCAAACUACAGCUGUGGAAGGCAGACUCUCCCCCUGGCUUUUCUCGAGGGAGCCAACUCGGAGAUCUCAACCCAGAUUGCAGCAAUGCUGGGCAUCUACAAAGUCCCACAGGUCAGCCAUGCGUUUUCUUCUCAUACCCUGGGUGAUAAGACCCAGUUCCCCUUCUCCUACCCAAUCGUCCCCAAGGAGCCGACCCAGUACCAGGGGAUCACCCGGCUGCUCCUGCAUUUCCGAUGGACUCUGAAGGCCUUAACCGUGAAGGGCCAGACAAAAUGCAUGGAGAGGGAGUAUUGGGGGGCGCUUUCACAAGGGGAGGCAGAGAGGAUCCUGUCUCUGGACAGCCACGUCAUUCACAACAGCAUCCUGUCCAUGGCCCAGCUUCACCCUUUCCUGAAGGACCCUCAGUUUUAUAAUGCCUCCCUCCUCGAUGGGGCGUAUUGGGACAGGAACGGGGAGCUGGUUGCUGACUUGGACAUUGUGCACUGGGUGGUAUUUCCAAAUAUGUCCCUGCACAGAAGAAAAAUCGGGAGCUUUGAAAGACGGGGAUUGGGAGACCUCACAGUCACCAUCGAUGAGGAUGCUGCUAAGUGGCCCAAACAGAUCAACAAGAUGAGCAUGGUCAAAAACAAGUUGCUGCCCCACAAACAGAGAGCCCUCCCUACUCAAAGCAGAGCUCAUGGGCCAGGCAGAGAAUGGUCACUUCCAUUCCUUGCAGAUGCAGAGCAGUGCAGCAGAUGCCCAGAAGAUCAGCACCCAAACAAGGACCAAACUGGAUGCAUCCCCAAGGACGUCACCUACCUCACCAACAAAGAACCUCUGGGGAUCACCCUGGCUUGUUUUUCCCUGCUCUUAUCCUUAACCACAGGAGUCGUGCUGGGAAUCUUCAUUAAAUUCCUUGAAACCCCAGUCGUCAAAGCCAACAACCGGGACCUCUCCUAUGCACUGCUUGUUUCCCUCCUGCUCUCCUUCUUGUCCUGUUUCCUCUUCAUUGGCCAGCCAAGAAGCACCACCUGCCUCCUCCGACAAACGGCCUUCAGCAUCAUCUUCUCAGUGGCUGUCUCUUCUCUCUUGGCCAAGACUAUCACUGUGGUGCUGGCCUUCCUGGCCACCAAGCCAGGAAACAGGGUCAGAGGAUGGCUUGGGAGGGGUUUGGCCAGCUCCAUUGUCAUCUGCUGUUCCAGUGUCCCGGUUCUCCUCUGCACCUUCUGGCUGGCAACCUCUCCACCAUUUCCUGACACAGACAUGCACUCCCAGGCAAGGCAGAUCAUCCUGCAGUGCAACGAAGGCUCCGUGGCCAUGUUCUACGCUGCCCUUGGUUACAUGGGCUUCCUGGCUACCGUCUGCUUCACGGUGGCCUUCCUGGCCAGAAAGCUUCCUGGGGCCUUCAACGAGGCCAAGCUCAUCACCUUCAGCAUGCUGGUCUUCUGCAGUGUCUGGGUGUCCUUCGUGCCCACCUACCUGAGCACCAAGGGCAAGUACAUGGUGGCCGUGCAGGUCUUCUCCAUCUUGGCCUCCAGUGCUGGGCUUCUAGGCUGCAUCUUCCUUCCCAAGUGCUACAUUAUCCUACUACGGCCUGAUCUGAAUACCAAGGAACAUCUAACAACAAAAGCAAAGCAGGGCUUCUGA